GCUGCGGUUGUGCUAAAAGUCACAAGCUGUUCGAAAGUGCGCCACGCCAGAGUAACGGAAGACACUGCGGUUGAUUGUUUGGGGAGCGCCGGAGAGGUUGACCCAGCCUCUGGUUUCCACCUGAAUGACUUCAAUUCACCCAGAGACAGUAACCUGGGAGCCACCAACGAAGUUAAAUAGUAGAGCGACCACCAGCAGCCGGUGUCAUCACACGACCCGCUAGGCUACCGCUAGGCCAGCCGUGAUGUGCAUUGCUUUCUGGAUCGUCAACCAGAGACUGUCAAAGCGUACUACCAGCAACUGCUACAGACUUUGAUUCUUGAAUUCUCUGAUCCAAACUCAGACCAUGGGCUCCUUAUUGCUAUGGACCUCAAACAGGGCCGAUUUGAAAACCCACAGACUUUCUGUAGUCAGCUACGAAACACCUACUUCGGAGCAUGCAACGAACCAGGUAUGGAACAGGAUUUCAACUUAAAAACUCUGUUCCUCCUAAACCUACAUGCCAGUUGGAGUUUUCAUCUCAGAGUCCCAGCGUGUCCCCGUAACAGGACUACACAAGAGUUACGGAACUUAGCCCACAAAGCUUGCACCAAGCAAAAGACUAUUUGUGAAAAGACUGUGAAAUACCCCAAAGUCUCUGUCUCUGAGCACUGCUUGGAGUUAACCCUAGAUGGCGCCCUACAACACCACAGUCACAGACAUUUUUACAGAGAGUCAAUACCAUUCCAAGCCAGCAGAGGGCAACACAGUGCAGCCACGUCUGAGACAGCAGAGAUCCUGAGGGUGCUGAAAGUGCUUCUUCACAUGAAAACUCACAAGGAAGAUGAGCCAAGCACCCAGAACACUGCCCGUCAUCUACAGACCGCAGAGCUAACUGUCACAGCACAAGGUGACAGCAACACCCAAGCUCCACAGUCAACAGCUGCACACCCUGAACGAGACAGCACAGGUCCUCACGCCAGGUACCACAAACACAAGGUACCAGAAAAUGCUGUUUUGACUACCUGCCUUCGCAGCGAGCUACACAAGACCGGUCCUCACCACCCACCGAUCGUCCCACCUGCCCUGAUGCCAACAUUCCUGGGCAGCCCUGUCAAAAAGGGGGUGGGCCGAAAAGGAGUCAACAGGGAAGACCUGAUCGACACAGGAUUAAACCUGACGGUGAUCUCAUCUUACCUUUUCAAAAGACUCCAAUUUGAAGCUAAGAGACAAGAUCGAACUCUUACACCUCAAACUUAUGAACUGAAUGUACAGGUGUACAGACAGGAUGACAUCCAGUUUGAACAGGUUGUUUCCAUUCCCCUGACAUUCGUUCCGAUGAGUCUAAUACAUCCCAUGUAUGUCCCACCAAUGAACACACAUACAUUGCUCAUCGACAAAGACCUGCUAGAACACUUUGACCCUUUUCUGAACUUCAAACAGCUAAAAGACUUUGCUCAAGUGCGAGAACCUCUUUCUCUCCAGCCACACAGGUUGCUAGAGCCAGACUGUCAGGUCGCAGAGGUCAUGGGAACUCCCACAGAGCCAGACGGUCAGGUCACAGAGGUCACGGGAACCCCAGCAGCCAGCCAUGAGUACAACGCCCUAACAACAGGCCCAAGUUCAAGCCUCUGUACCUUAGUCAACAAACAGGGUACGGUGGUACCAGCUUACACCAAAGGGGUCGCUGUUCGGCUCAACCUGCAAGGUGGUCAAACCUUACACCACACGCUGGGUUUCUUCCAAUCCUCACCUGAAUGUGUGGAACUCGGACUCACACUUGCAAACAACAAGCAUGUCAAACACCAACACCUGUUCCAGCAAUGUGAUAACAUCACAAAAACACACAAUGUGAUCGUGUACUGGAAGAAGGUAAAAGAACACUCGAAGUUACCAAGUCUAGACGAGGACUUUAAAGAUCACACUGACACCCUUGCCAAAACUGGCACACUAAACAACAUUCUGUGGUCACUCCCAACCCACCCACCCACAUUCAAGGUUGAAGUGAUUACACACAGCACAAGAACUUUACUAGCUAAACUGCCUACCUCAGAAUCGCUUACGCAGGCUCCGUUGUCUACACAGACCAACAUAGCAGACAUGCGGGCUUCUGAAACCUUGAUAAUGACUUUGCUUUACCACCUCUCAGACCCCUCCAUCCACCCUGGCAACCAGUCUACAGUCACUGACAACCAAAGCCCCAGACCACUGCAUGAUACACAAACCAUGCUGCGUCCACAGAACAAUAUUGUGGGUUGUGCACCGUCUGACAUCACAAUGCCAGGGCGUGUAAUGCCACGGAGCAAAAGGGGGAUACUGCCAAUAUAUUUCCAUGACGCAGCAUGUGCUGCACCACGCAGCACCAGAGCCACUGACAAAACACUGAAGCAAGCAUCAUGCCAGCAGCAAGAUGUGGCAAAACAUGGGCGAGGGCGAGCUAAACCCAGUCGCCGCCCACGAAGCAAAGAGACUGUCCUGUCCAACCAAAGACAGGCCUUGUUUGUUUCUUUCUCCCCUUUCUCUCUCUCUCUCCCUAUUAUCUGUACCAGGAUGCUGCUGUGGUUUGCCGUGCCGUGCUGUCAGCCAAAGAGAGGACAGCUGCCACCGAGAAAACCGCUGAGACUCCUGACUACCGAUGACAGGGCACACUACCCCAGCACUGUAACCGAAUACAGCUGUACAAGGUUCCGAUGGAGAGAGGACUCCCUCACUCACACUGAGGCCGAUGUCAAACACCUGUUCAGCCAACAUGAGAAAUUGACGGUUACACAAAUGUAG